UUAUUGGAAAGAUGAAAUUCUUUACAGCACUAUUUGUUAUUGCUUUAGUAGUCAUUGUCGCUGAAGGCCAACUAAGCGGUCUAGGUAGACUAGGAAGACUACAGGGACAAGGAUCACAUGGAGGAUCAGGGUUGGUUGGCAAACUAGGAGGUCCAGGUGGUCCACGUGGUCCUCAUCAUGGUGGCUCUCAUCAUGGUGGCCAUCAUCAUGGUGGCCAUCACCAUGGUGGUCCAGGUGGUCAUCAUCAUGGUGGUCCUCAUGGUUGUCAUGGUGGUUCUCCACCUCCACCCUCCAACUCAUCUGUUUCACCACCAGAAUCAAGCUCACCCCCACCAGAGUCAUCCCCGGCUGUCGAAUCCUCAUCAUUGGCACCGUCUUCACCAGCGGUCGAAUAAA